GGAAAUAACAAUACCCGCGUGUCGUACAUCCAAUAAUAAUCGACGAUAAUAGAUGGUCGCGUUUCGUCCGGAUCGCCGCGGUUGGAUGUGGCCGAUAUCGAGCGGUGAGGCCGCCUGACGCGACGCGUCCACCUUUGUGAGAGCGGAGCCAGUCCACCGUGACACCGCGGACAUCUCUGAACCCCACACCGGGCUGCUUCAACCGGGGCACAGUGUCCGGGGGAGGACCGCAGGCAUGUCAGCUCCGCAGAGCCACAUUUGAGGGGACGUCCUGUUGGGGAGGAAGCGGCGUUUGGACGGAGACUAACGGGCCCAUCCAUCCCGGAGGGGGGACCGAAUGCCGCGGCACUAGCUAACCGACAAUCUGCUGCUGGUCCGCGGCCAGCUAACUUUAGCUCGCUCUGUUUCAGCCGGAGCUCCGCUUUAUCCUUCGACUCCAGCAUUUCCUAAGCUGUUAAGGACCAUGGAUUUCCCAGGCCACUUUGAGCAGAUUUUCCAGCAGCUCAACUAUCAGCGGAUCCACGGUCAGCUGUGUGAUUGUGUCAUCGUGGUGGGGAGCCGACAUUUUAAGGCCCACCGGUCGGUGCUGGCAGCCUGCAGUACCCACUUUAGAGCCUUGUUUACAGUGGCAGAGGGUGAUGCAAGCAUGAACAUGAUCCAGCUGGACAGUGAGGUGGUGACAGCUGAAGCCUUUGCUGCUCUGGUGGACAUGAUGUACACGUCGACGCUGAUGCUCGGCGAGAGCAACGUCAUGGAUAUCCUCCUCGCCGCUUCGCACCUGCACCUCAACAACGUAGUCAAGGCCUGCAAACACUAUCUGACCACGCGCACGUUGCCGAUGUCGCCCUCGUCGGACAGACCCGCCCACCUCCAUCCUCAGCAGGAGCAGCAGAGGCACAGACAGCAGCAGCAGCAGCAGAUGCCAGAUUUAGCAGUGAACCCAGCUUUGGCGGCCAGUGCCAAUCUCGCAGCAAACACUGCAACAUCAAAACUUCAACGCUCCUUCCUGCUGCAGCAGCUGGGGCUCAGUCUGGUGAGCUCUGCUUUAGGUGGGAUGGAAGAGGACGGGGUGGGAAAUGUGAGCGGUAGAGCGGUCGAGCAGCGAGCCUCCUUCCCGAUCCGACGCUUCCACAAGCGUAAGCCCUCUCUUGCCCUGGGACUCUCCGAGGACAGGCCGAGACAGCGGCCGCGCCCCUCCGGUCCUAACCUGGGCCUGUUAGGAGACGGAGGGGUGAACGCAGAGCGAGAGGAGGGAGCGCUUCUCUCCCCAGACUCCCACAAGAUGGGGGACGAAUCCAAAUUAGGCACGGCGCUGACGGCGUUGGUGGCCGUGUCCCAAGAUGACCCUCAGAUGCCCAGCCAGUCAGACAGUGGGCAUUGCGAGGGGGAGAGCUUGGGGAGGAUGGCAGGUGGGGUGAAUAAGGAAGAGGACAUGGAUGAGCAACAUGACCAGGACAACAGAGUUGGAGUGAAGAUGAAGUCAGGGACAGAGGAAGAGGAAGCUGAAGAAGAGGAACGGAAGGUGGUGGUUAAACGGGAGCCUCUGAGUUCUCCGGAGCCGGCAGAUGAAGUCAGUGACGUAACGUCGCAGGCUGAAGGCAGCGACCCGGCUGAGCCCGGCUGCCAGGAGGAGGAGGAGAAGGUGGAGCUGAGCCCGGAGAGCAGCGACCGCAGCUUCACCUCUGAACCCCAGCCCAGCUCCGACCCUCUGCUGCAGCCGAGGGAGCAGCUCCUCCACAAGAACAGCAUGGCAGGAGGAGGAGGAGGAGGUGGAGGAGGAGGAGGUGGCGGGGGAGUGGGAGGAGGAGGGGGCACAGGAGUCGGAGGAAGCUACGGGUGCAACAGCAGACUGGGCAGCAAGCCUGGUUUCAGCAUCUCAAGCUUUCUCAGCCAGAAGGAUUAUGAAAACGGUGCGUCGGGCUUGGUCCCUGGAGAGGACGACCUUCCAAACACGACAACUGGAGACUCGGUAGCGCAUCACUUCCUGCUGAGACAGGAGACCGUGGGUCCGUCUGGUUCUGCUUCUUCCAGUCUGCUGCAGACGAGUCCACUGAGUAGCGAGAGUAGAAACAGGUUUGGUGAUAAUCUCCAGACAGAUUCUCUGUUUCUUCAUCCGCUGCACGACGGAUCAGGGAACUCCAGAGGGGGCGGAGGGAGUGUGGGUGGGGGACGCGGAGGGGUGGAUCCCUUUGGUUUGGACUUUCCGCGUUCUAGCUUGGGGCUUCACUCAAUGGGACGACCUUCAAGAGGACCGGGAGGACCGGCCGCCUCGGCUCUGGCUUAUCCUGGUUACAGACGUAUCGCUCCAAAAAUGACUUCAGGCAUGGGGGGAGAGGAAGGAGUGGGCGGAGUUCUCCAGGAUGCUGCUUCUUCCUCGUCAAAUCUGGCCAGUCCCUUGCUUCUCAACGAGAGCGGAGGUUACGAGAUGAGCAGCGGCCGGCCCACCUCCCUCCCCCCGCAGCUCACCCGGGCUUCAGCAGACGUUCUGUCCAAGUGCAAGAAGGCUCUGUCAGAGCACAACGUGCUGGUGGUCGAGGGGGCGCGAAAGUACGCCUGCAAGAUCUGCUGCAAGACGUUCCUCACCCUCACCGACUGCAAGAAACACAUCCGUGUCCACACGGGAGAGAAACCAUACGCGUGCCUGAAGUGUGGGAAACGCUUCAGUCAGUCUUCACACCUAUACAAGCAUUCCAAGACCACCUGUCUGCGCUGGCAGAACAGUAACAUGUCCAACGCCCUGCUCUAGGAACACGAGGACCCGAGUGGGGGAACGCCUCGAAUUCACUGGGAGCCAGUGAGGGACUGAAGUCUAAUGAUUCUCUGACAGUACAGCCAGAUCAUUUCACCUCCUCAGUAGCAAACUAGCCAGUCCUGAUCACAGACCAAAGAGACGUAUGACUAUAUCGAUCUAUUCAGGACAAGAAUAUACUGUAGACUUAUUCAAAGUUACUGGAACUGUUAGUUCUGAUACUGAUUUUAAAAAAGGUACAAUUAUAGCUGCACAUUCACUUCUAUGUGUGAUACAGUAGUCAUUGUUUACUUCCAUUUGUAAAUAUCGCUGAACAUUACAUUGAAACUGAAUUGCAGCUCGUGAGCAUUGGAGUUGAGAACCACGGCUUUAAAGGCUUUGUUUUCCAUAUGGCGAGACUGUCGAGCAGAACAAGCUUGAAAGUGACCGAAAUAUUUGAGGGUUUGGUCAGUCAUUCAGACUGAUCCCCUGAGGCGGCUGAGCAGCGUCAGCACUCAGAAACAGCAACAUCAAGUGAGUAGUGUAAAGGUUUUGAAUUGCACAUCCGUAAAACAUGUAGCAGCGUCUCACAUCAGACUGUUUAGUAGUUAUAGCUGGGUAUUUUGCCUGUGCCUUGUUCAGAGCAGGGAUCAGACAUGUAGGUAUGAAGAACCGACGGUCUUCUGCUCAUAACACUGAUACUGUACAGAAAACUAUCUUGUCCAGCUGCCUGUAGCUCCGUUAAGGUUGUAUGACAACAGAUGAUCUUAUGUUGUAUUGAUGUUAAGAAAUCGUCACAUCAUUUGAAAUGAUUCUUUAAGAGAAGGGAAAAAAAAGGAAAGUCCCACCAGUAUCAGCUGAUUGUGUUGAUCCUGCAUAGAUCCAAGUCAUGUGACAUCUGUGUCAGCUGAAGCGUCUUUGGGCUACCAUCAGCGUUGCCGAGCUCAUUCUGUCCAGAAUAUUGGCGCUAAAUCACUCAUUAUUGUAAAAAUCGACGUUCGUAUCAUUUGUACAACAGUAAAUGUCUCAAACUAGAAUAUGUAGAGUUCGUCACAUCCAGGCAGCGGCUGACUAGUUUACCAACCCCCCACACAAACAUGGUUGAAAUGAGAGCUUGUACUGUUUUUACUAAAUGAACGUAAUCUAGGAGGAACAAGAGAUCAACAUGUUUUAAAAUGCUUUAGGAAUGUACAUAUUGCACAUUUAUGGAUGGUUUGAUAUUUUCUCUCUCGAAGAAGAGGAAAGCAUUGCCAGUAAGUUCCCCACUGUACGUAUGAGUGCUUUAUACACGUCUCUUUCUACACACGAUGUUGUCUGUUACUUAAGCACUUCUACAAAUCAAGUCUGUUUAUAUGACUAAUAUGUUUACUGGAUUGUUGAACUUUGUGAAAAUGUGUUGAUAAUACCUGAGUCGGCUAACUCAAAUGUUUUUGUUUUGUCUGUUGCGUGACCGUUGCGUUGAUGGAAGCCCGGAGUUAAGCUUCUUUUUUUUUUUUUUUUUUCUAAAAUAAAAGGAAAUAUUCAACAUGGGGAGUUAAAGAUAAAAUAUGUGUAAAGGGCCUUUUAUCAACUUUUUUUUUCUUGUUAAUUUUGAGGCAUUAAACCAGAUUGUUAUUAGUGUUUUACUAUCGACAUGUUUCUUAGUACGUUCUGUUUGCUGUAACUUUUAGAUCCAUUUCUUUUGAGAUUCUUUGUAGGAUUUAAACACAACAGAGCCGUGCUGUGAAGGAAUCUAAUGUUGUAGAGUGUAUCAAAAAAAAAAAAUAAUUAAAAAGUCUGAUAAUGCGGAUCUUAACGUCAACCUGUCUGCCUUCCUAUGGGAUGUUGAAACAUCAGCUUUGUUUUCGGUUCAUGCGGUUGCCGUGUUGUCACGUUCUGUUUUUGUGAACAGGAAAAGAAAAGACGUUCACCUUCCUGUCCGUUUCGAUACUUGCUGUGUUGUGAUAGAGAUGCUGUCAGUGAGUCAUGGUCACCGCUUUCUUUACUAGUUGGCACCUUAAUGUACUGUACAGUCCGCACACUGUUAUCCUUCAUCAACUUCCCGUCAUUUUGACACGUUGAUUGAUAAUCUUGACAUUUUCUUGUAAAGACACAUGGCCUUACGGGGAGUCCUACCUAAACAUCAGCUCAACAAGUUACGUCACGGAGUUUAACCUGUCCACUGAAGGCAAGAUCUCUAAUGCGACUCCUGUUUCUCCGUUUCAUACUCGGCUCCCAGUGCUUUCUCUUUUCAGAGAGAGAUUGCUGUGAUGUCUUUUUGAGAAAUACGGAGCUUCCAUUCCUCGCACUGCAG